UCUGUCUCCCAAGCGUGUGCGCACUCGUGGAAAAGCGCGCGUUGCGCGGGCCGUAAUCAGUCGCGAGCAACCGUAGGCCAGCGGCCCACCGACAUUGAGGUUAGAAAGAGGGAGGCUCGUGUCUCGAGGACGAGCCCGACCGUCGACGACUACGCGAGGAGGUCAACCAGAGCCAGCGCGAAGGACGGGACGACGUAAGGCCGAGAGAUGGAGAGCCAGGCUGUGAUUGUCAUGCUCGGUCUGCUAUAUUUAGCCUGCACCCUCGUCGAGGUGCAUUCAGUGAAGUACAUGGGCGACGCGUUAGUGCGGGAUGGCCAGCCCUGGAGCAUCACAUGCAGCGAGGUACCGGCCGGGGCGACGAUCAUGUGGAAAAGGAACGGCCAACCUCUGGUCGAGGACCUCGCCAGUGGCAUCAUGCACGUCGAGCCUGCCAAAGUUGUCAACGACUUCAUAAGUAGCACUCUCGUAGCCACGACCUCGUUGGAGAGACACGAGGGCUCGUAUGUGUGCGCUGACGGCAACGAGACGCACCACCUCGCCAUCGUCUACGACGUAACAAUCAAGGUGCUUACAAAAAAUGAUUCCCGUGUGGUUCUUAAUUGCCCGGAUCGUAGUAGUAGUGAAAAAUUUGAGUGGUCCAAGGAUAAGAAGCCGCUUGUGGAAUCGGAACAUAUAAGACUAGAUGAUAAAGAUGGUAGUAACGUCAUUGUUAUUUACAAUGUCGAUGACAAAGAUAUUUACGGCAAUUAUUCCUGCAAGGUUGGCAACAUUUCAUCUGACUACAGAGUCGUCAAAAAGCCUUCGUUAAUAUUGCCCGAAUCGACAAAUGUCGUCGAAGGGGAGAAGUUACAUCUGACCUGCGCCGUGAAAACCGGUGAUCCUGGUCUCAAAAUCGUCUGGAAUUUCAAAGGAAAAAAUUAUACGAAGUCGGAGGGCCGUGUUAAAUUAUCCAUGGACGAGGAAAAGGGUUUAAACAACGCAGUACUUAAUCUCGAGAACAUCCGAAUGGACGACAGGGGCAAUGUUACGUGUAUAGGCUUUUACAAUAGUGCCGACGGCAACGAUCAACACUACGACAUCGCCAAUACCCUCUUAAGGGUCAAGGACAAGCUCGCUGCCCUCUGGCCCUUCCUUGGCAUUUGCGCCGAAGUCAUCGUUCUAUGCAUUAUCAUCUUGGUAUAUGAGAAGAAACGCAACAAAUCGGAGCUCGAGGAAUCCGACACCGAUCAGAGCCCCGAUACUAAACCUGCAUCAAACAAGGACUCUGACGUAAGACAGAGGAAAUAAAUCUUUAGGGUUCAGGUAGCGGCACAAGGAUGAGGGACGAAACUACGGAACGAGAAUAUUUUUCUCAAGAGGGCCAUACACACACACACAACAGUCGGCGCUCGAUGAACUCUCUUUGGCGCGUCGUCAACACCGCCAAUUCGUCCGUUAGCUUCAAUUUGAGGAGGACUUUUCCUCCUUUCUCGCGGCUCCGAGUCGUGUCGCCCUACAUCAGAACACAUACCCACAAAUACAUAAUUUUUUCUUCGAUUAAACUUAUGCGUGUGACGACUGCCCACGGAUCCGCUCUCCUUGUUGCAAACGAUAACAACCAAACAGCCAACGAUAUUAACAGAUUAUUAGAUACACGCGAAUAGAUAUGCUUGGUUAAUUGGUGAUCC